AUGUCUUCUGCGACUCAGUAUGUUGCUCUUCCUCAGGCGGCAGGAUAUGCCGUUGUUGUUGGCUUAGGUGCUGUAUUCGCUGCAGGUAUGGUGCUCACGACCUUUUGUUUAAAACGCUACAAUAAGGAAAUUAUGACAGCUGAGGAAUUUGCCACUGCGGGGAGAUCUGUCAAAAAAUUCUUGCUCUCUGCUGCUGUUGUUUCUUCCUGGACCUGGGCAGCUACACUUUUGACGUCAACUGUUCAAGUGUACAACAAUGGUGUUUCAGGUGCUUUAUACUACGCUGCUGGUGCAACAGUCCAGAUUGUUUUAUUCGCAUGCUUGGCCAUCAAGGGAAAGGAGCGGGCUCCUUUUGCUCACACUUACUUGGAGAUUGUUCAAAAGCGAUAUGGUAGCAUCACGCAUGGUGUCUACUGUUUCUGGGGUUUUGCCACCAAAGUUCUUGUUACUGCAAUGUUGUUGACUGGUGGUUCUGCUGUAGUGCAUGAUUUGACUGGUAUGAAUGUUGUGGCGGCCUGUCUAUUGUUACCCCUUGGCGUGGUUAUCUAUACUUUGUUUGGCGGAAUCAAGGCCACUUUUUUGACUGACUAUGCUCAUACAGUCGUGAUUGUGGUCAUAAUGUUGGUUUUCGGCUUCAACGUUUUUGCGGUAUCCGACAAAUUAGGGUCUCCUGGGGCAGUAUGGGACAUAGUUACCGAAUUGGCCGAAACCCUGCCCAGGGAAGGCAACGCUGGUGGAUACUAUUUGACCAUCAAAUCUCACUCCGGUGGUAUAUUUUUCGUUAUCAAUAUCGUUGGAAACUUCGGUACUGUCUUCUUGGACAACGGAUACUUUAACAAGGCUUUUGCCUCUGAUCCUGUUGCAACUUUGCCAGGAUAUGUCAUGGGUGGUUUGGCUUGGUUUGCUAUUCCAAUGUUCGUUGCUACGACUAUGGGCCUUACUGCCUUAUCUUUGGAAAACACCCCUGCUUGGCCUACCUAUCCUGCAAAAAUGACCUCUGCCGAAGUCAGUGCUGGCUUAGUUUUGCCAAACGCGGCAGUUGCCUUAUUGGGUAAAAGCGGUGCUGUGAUGAGCCUCUUGCUAGUAUUUAUGGCUGUCACGUCUGCCAUGUCUGCCGAAUUGAUUGCUGUGUCUUCCAUAUUCACUUAUGACAUCUUCAGGACAUACAUUGAUCCAAAAGCUUCUGGAAAGAAGUUGAUAAUCAUGUCGCACGCCUCAGUCAUUGUUUUUGCUUAUGUAAUGGCUGGCUUUGCUAUUGGCUUAUACUAUGCUGGUAUAUCAAUGGGCUACCUCUAUGAGUUGAUGGGUGUGAUCAUUGGCGGGGCUGUUUUGCCCUCUGCUUUGACGUUGCUCUCCAAAAACCAGAAUUGGACCGCAGCGACAUUCACUCCCCCAAUUGCGACUGGCUUAGCCAUCAUGCUGUGGUUGGUUUGCACUAAAAGUAAGUUCGGUAGCGUCACUGUUGAUACCACAUUUGAAGAUGAUUCUAUGUUGACAGGGAACGUCGUUGCAUUGUUGUCUCCGUUGAUAAUUGUCCCAGUACUCACACUUGCUUUUAAGCCUCAGCAUUUUGACUGGAAUAUCUUGAAGUCCAUCACACGAGUUAGCGAAGAGGAGGAAUUACUCGAGGCAGAAUCUCUGCAUUCAUCAGAUCCCGAAUACCUUGCGCCAGUCAAGUCCCAAAUUACACAAGCUGCACGAGAGAUCGCGUUGACUGAGGCCGAUAACUAUGAAGCAGAAAGCGCCCGAUUAAAUAAAGCGUUCAAAUUCGCUUUGGGAAUUUGUGUUUUUUUGGCUGUCUGCUUGAUUUUGUUAUGGCCUAUUCCAAUGUACGGCAGUGGGUACAUUUUCAGCAAAAAUUUCUUUACUGGUUGGAUUGUUGUGUUGUUCAUUUGGUCUUUCGUCACGGCUUUCAUUGUCAUUAUUGGUCCACUAUGGGAGGGUCGCGAAGGCUGUUACACAACUUUCAGAGGUAUUUAUUGGGACUUGACAGGCCAGGGAUACAAAGUAAAACAGUGGCAGAACUCUCAUCCAGAACAAUUACAUGCUGUGAGAAGCCAAGUGUCUGCCCAGUUAAGUGAGAUGAAAAUCAUUGAUGGGCGUUUGGUCUCUGGUGAUGGAUACACUACCCCAGUGCUUAUUGACACGGCUUUGGAGGAAAAGAAUAUAAAAGACUAG